CGCUCUCCCGGACCCGGAGCGCAGAUCCACACGCAGCGUAUCCACUCACUGAUUCUCCGGCAGCGACACGGAGCAGAUUUCCCUCAUAACCCAGCGCGUGCGUGUGUUCAUGUGUUUGUCCGCGCUCGGAUCAGCUCGGACACUUUGGCUGGAGCCGCUGCACUGGAGAGAGAUCCGCUUCCAGACCCCGUCCGCGCUGCUGCCCCCGGGACUCUCCCUCCGGCUGGACGCACGACUCCUUCUCCCCAACAUGCGCAGCGCCGCCGCCUCCUGCCCGCAGGCGCGUCCCUCUCAUGUCGCUGUGAGCGUCCGGUUCCCCGUCACCGUGCGUUCCACCCUCCUGCUGGAAUAGAGAGCUGCUUCUGGGGAGACGCUGCACGUGGAUCAGCUUCUGUUCCUCUUCCUCUGGAUUGAUUUUUAUCGAUUUGAUUUAUUCCUCAGAAACUCUGGUACUUUAUUUUGUUUUUCCUGGAGCGAGCCCGAGGAUGUUGCUCCGCUGCUGGAUCCCUCGCUGCUCCUCCACCUGUAGGUUUCUCCUCUGCCUCCUGCUGCUGCUGCAAACGCCCCGGUCCUCCUCUCCGCUAAUUACAGGUACCGAGGCCAGCUGUGACAACGAGGGGGAGGUGCUCCACAUCCCCAACAUCACGGACAACCCCUGCAUCACCUGCGAGUGCCUGGAAGGGAAGGCCGACUGCAAGCAGGAGAAAUGUCCGCUGGUGUCUGAAGACUGUGCUCUGGUGGUGAAACAGACUGGAGCGUGCUGCGAGAGGUGUAAAGGUUGCACGUUUGACGGACGAUCGUACAACAGCUCAGUGUCCUGGACCACGUCCACCAAGCCCUGCGUCACCCGCAGAUGUCAGGAAGGUGUCGUCACUGAGGCUGAGGUCCAGUGUGUCGUCCACUGUAAAAACCCAAAGAUCCACCCGAAGAAGUGCUGCCCCACCUGCCCCACUUGUAUCUUCGAGGGUCGUCUGUACAAAGAGAAGGAGGAGUUCAGUCCAGAGGGGAACUCCUGCAUCAAGUGCACGUGCACUGGAGGGCGGACUCUCUGCAUGAGGGAGGUGUGUCCUGUCCUCUCAUGCCCCGCCCACCUCAGCCACACCCCGCCCGGUCACUGCUGUCCCAGAUGUCUCGGUCAGAGGAAGGUGUUCGAUCUGUCUUUAGGAAGUUGUCUGUUCCACAGUGAGGUCUACGAGAACGACACUUCCUUCAUUCACGACAACUGCACCACCUGCACCUGCAAGAACUCGACGGUGGUGUGCAAGAGGAGGUGCUCGCGUUCGGGCAGCUGCCAGGGAGACCAGUGCUGUGAGGACUGUUUGUCCUACGUGAAGGUGGAGGAGGUGAAGUACUGCAGAGUCCGCAACAAGAUCUACAGGGACGGAGACAUGUGGUCCUCAGUGAACUGCUCGCUCUGCGCCUGUGUCAAAGGAAGCAUCGAGUGUCGGCCCAAACACUGUGUGCCAAUCACCAGCUGCCCCUCGAAUAAGAUCCUGAACAGAACUGGCUGCUGUCCCGUCUGCACUGAAAAGCCGGGGGUGUGCACGGUGUUCGGGGACCCUCACUACAACACCUUCGACGGGAGGACCUUUAACUUCCAGGGGACGUGUCAGUACGUCCUGACCCGGGACUGCGGCAGCGUCCCGACCGGGAGCCCGGGGAACAACGUCCACAGCCCCGACUCCGGCUUCACGGUGUUGGUGAGGAACGACGCCCGGCGGACGCGCUCCUUCUCCUGGACUCAGUCUGUGGAGGUGCGGCUGGGGGGGGGGCUGGUCCUCAGCCUGCACCAGCACCUGACGGUUCGGAGGAACGGCACCCGCAUCGCUCUGCCCUACCACGGCCCCGGGGUGCACAUCGACCUGGACGGGUACCUGCUGAAGCUCACCACCAUCGCAGGUCUGGAGAUCACGUGGGACGGGGACAGCUUCGUGGAGGUGGUCGCCGCCCCCCACCUGCGCGGACGCCUCUGCGGCCUCUGCGGCAACUACAACGGGCACAAGCGCGACGACACCAUGGGCGGCGACGGCCAGUUCAAGUUUGACGUGGACGAGUUCGCCGAGUCGUGGCGGGUGGAGGGGAACGAGGUUUGCUCCCAGCAGCACCCCCCCCGCCGGCCGACCUCCUUCCUGUGUCCCGGCAGCGUCAAGGUCAAGUUCCGCGCCCACCGCGAGUGUCAGAAGAUAAAGUCCUGGGAGUUUCAGAAGUGCCACCGUGUGGUCGACUUCGGAACUUUCUACAGGUCGUGUGUGACGGACAUGUGUGAGUGUCCGGUUCAUAAGAACUGUUACUGUGAGUCGUUCAUCGCCUACAGCCGGGCCUGCGAGCGGGAGGGCGUGCCCGUGCUGUGGAGGCCCGACGCCGCCUGUGUGGCCACCCAGUGUAAACACGGUGCUGUGUACGACACCUGCGGCCCCGGCUGCACCAAAACCUGCGACAACUGGAACGAGAUCGGGCCGUGCCGCAAGCCGUGCGUGGCCGGCUGCCACUGCCCCGCCAACCUGGUGCUGUUCCAGGGCCGCUGCAUCAAACCCAUCUCCUGCCCCGGGCGGUGACCCUAGUGACCCGGGGGGGCGGGGGGGAGGGUUAGGUCAGGGAGCUUUAAAAACUAUACGAGCCGAACUUGCCAGUGUGGACAGGUCACAGGUCACGAGGUCGCGAGGUGCUGCGAAGGGACGGGGGGGGGCUGAUCCUCGCUGCUGCGUCCCCCCCCCCCCCUCCGUGUUGAGGACUCUUUACGAUACCAGACACCACCACGAGGGGGCGCUGGUUUCAGCCUUGGUAGAGAACGAACUUGACUCCCAAGAGAAAACAAAGAGAACCCUGUUUCUCCUCCUCUCCCCCCCGAGGAGGUCAUGUGACCUCCGACCCUCAGGAAACGGCGUGGACUCCGGUCAGAGCCAACAUGGCGCCGGGUUUCUCUCUGAUGGACUCAAAGCAGAGAAACUGAUCCUCGUGAGCAUCAUUUCAUAUUGUAAGCUAACCAGAUUUAUAUGAAAGACACACAGCUUUUAUAUUAUUAUUGUUCUAAUUAUUAUUAUAUUAUUAUUUGUUGUUGAUGUUGUUAAUUUAUAUUCCAGUCGAAUGACGUAGCAAGAGCCAGAAUCAUGAAUCUAAUGGAGUUCGAGAUGAUUUAAAGGGAAACAGAAGCUAUUUAUGUUUGUGUAGUGAACUGUUGUGUUACUGUUUGAAGAGAGAUGUGAGUCCCUCUCCAGCGCAGGGAUCAAGUACUGUAUCGUGUUCUGCUCCGUGUGCAGGUCGUUGUGGUUCGGAUCAAACUGAAGGUUUUCAUCCACGCACACGUUUCACUUGACAACAAUUAUUUAAGACCAGCAAUAUAAUCUUUUAUCAAAGUUCAUGUUCGACUUGUGUCUUUACUCUUAACGUCUGAGCUGAGGGUUGCUGGUUCCAAUCCCCAAAACAACUAAUGGUGAUUUGACCAGGCAGAAAAAAAAGAGUAAAUGUAAUUUUCAUCAGUAAAGUUACGUUUAUUUAUUUUUUCUUUGCUUCUUUAUCAAGAAAUCCAGUUUUACCCUUUCAAAAUAAAGCUGCGCUCAUCCCAUGGUAAGAUCUCCGGACAUUUCCCCACGUGAGUCGGACCCGGACGACCUCCUGCUGCUUCUUCACAUGUGAAACACAAACUCAUGAACAUGUCCACAAUCGAUUUUCAUUUCAAAUCUGAAAAACAAGCUUUGAUUAAACUGCAGCCGGUGACGAAGAGUUUCAAGGAAAAUCAGCUUCAUCUUUAAAACGCUAAAAAUAAACCUGCAGGAAAUUAACGUUGUAUUAAAAAAUGGUCCAAUUAAAAUGUUUGUUAAUUUACAUUCAUAUUCCCACAGUGAGAGCUCUUUAUUUUUAUAUUAUAUAAACUCAUGUUCUCAUGUUUUAGAAAUGAGAAAAAGAUCAAACUGAAUUAAAAACUGAUCUCUGGUCUCAGAUCAGGUCUCACACGUCAGGUACAGUUUAAACCAACGACAAUGAAUAAUGCAU